AUGGUCGUUGCAGCAGAAGUAACUGUGGAUGAAACGAAGCUCCCCACUGGCAGUACUACCAGCUUUUCCGCUACGAGUAAGCUCAUCUGUGCCAUCCGGGCCACACAGGCUUCCUGGUGCCACUUGUUCUGCUACCGUGAUCACCAGUGCCUGCUGUCCGACUUUGAAGUACCACAAGAUACCUACGAGGCAGUUCAAGGGGCAGUCUAUUCCUGCUGGACGCGUUUCUUCUUAGUGACCAAAACAACUACUGGAACAACAUCGACCGCCAAACCAACAACCCAUCAAACAAUUACGUCAACCACUACAACCAAGAAGCCUACAACCAUGGGAAUAACCACAACACCUAAAAUAAUCUCUACAACCAAACCUGCAGCCGCUACAACAGCCAAAAUAUCUACUCCAACAUCAACAGCCAAAACAACUACAACUGAACCUACUCUACCAACAGCUACAACUCCCAAAGCAACCACAAGCAUGCCUUCUAGUUCCCCAUAA